AACGGUAACAUUUUAUCGUCUACAUUUCUUCUCAAGUUAUUCUCGCGAUCGAAGAGGCAAAAUUACUUUAUUUUAGGCGUUUAUUAUCUAUCACCUUCCCAACAUUUAGUUAACCUUUAAUAACUCUGACUGGAAGAGGAAAUGAUUUACAAAUAAUGUCACCUAACUUCGCUGAAUAUUCCUGUUUUCACCUUCCCACAAGAUUAGUGAAAUCACCUGGUUCAACGAAGAGAGGUUUAUUUGCGUGAGUGUUUACAAAAAGUAGCAUAAAUUUCUGAGCCAGUUCCAUGUUAAAUUCAUUCGAUUCCAUUUGACCCAAAUAGACAGUUUGAAGAUUGCUUGACGUCAUUCACCAGUUGAAAGUCAACUUGAGCAAGACUCUCUAUAUGCAAAGAGAGGAGUUUUGACGCCACGCAAGCUUAGCAAGGGAAUGAUGAGAACAGACACCAUCCUUUCUUCGAGAGUUGCCAAGCUCAAACCAAUCCUUCGUUAAGUUUCUUGUCAAUAAGGAAACAAGCAGAAUGGCUUCAAAAUUCGACUCUUCGAUUCUGGAGAAUCUUCCACGCGGCGACAAAACAGCAGAUGAAAACGUUUACAUCAACACGGAAGAGACUUUAGGCAGGGAAUACUGUGACCUUGUUUAUAAUAACGCCUCCUUGGCACAGACAAGGCACCCAUCUACUACUGGUAGUGGCAAUCCUAACUCUCAGAACUCACACACGAACGAUUCAAGACUUGCUAAGCGCCAUAAGAGGGUCACGCUUCAAGAUACUGCAAGACGUAAUGGAGAAGGUUUGACUGUUAGUUCGACGAAUCGAGUCAGAACAAGACUGGUCAGUGAUAGUCAGUUGAUCACCCACAGUUCAAGGUAUCCUGACGAAAGCAAUCUUACCCGAAUUACUGAUAUUCAUAGCAAGAMUGCUCCAAGUAAUUCUGGAUCAACAGGUCGCACACAACCGAGUAUUACUUCGAAAGGGAGGCGAAAGAUUUCCGAGGGAAGACCGAGUAGCUACUCGUAUCUGAAUCAAGGGAUUUCCAACGAUUUACCGGGGAAUAGUCAAAAUGCGGUGAUAACUGAUCAGCCUAAACCUCUCGGGAUGGUUCUAAGACAGGAGGAACGAAACGUAAACUUUGCCUUGGCAGACAAAAGGGAAGAUAUAUUAACGAACGGGAUGGAAAACAGACAAAACUUUGCGCGAAAAGCGAUGGGGGAAGACCCACGCGUGAGGAACAGGGUAGCUGGUAAACCAGACUUGAACAUGAAUCGAGCAAAAGCUGAGGCGAGGGUACCAAAUGGUAAAACAGAAAACGGASGGGAGAGAAUAGCGAAACCAACAAUGCAAAAACAGUCCUCAAGAGAGGAACGUUCUGUCAACUACAAGGGACAAAGAGAGGAACCGAAAACCGACAAAAGAGGAGAAAAACAAUCACAACUGCCAUCUCAUGUCAGUUUAUCAACACCGCAUCGCCAUCUUGAAAUCAUGAAUCGUGAUGCAAACGACAGUACGACAAGAGAAAAUCAAAGAAAGCGCGGAAAUGAAGAUAUUGAACUGACAACCAUGGCGCCAGUUURCAACCCAAGGAUACCUCAGCUACAAAGAGAAGAAACGCCCGCAAAGAAUCCUCUUCUAGGGCUUGCGUUCCCAAGACCUCAUUCGUUUGAUAUACUAGAUAAUAAAACAAAAGUUUCAAGAACUUUUUCAAGCCCAGAACUAAGAAAAGGCAGCUUGGAGGAGUUACUCGGCAAUACAGAAGAUGGCAAGAGAAGCGAGGGUAGCAAAGACGUUGACUUGCGACAUAAAAACAAUGUCGAACGCUGUAGCCGCUACAGUAAUCAAGCUUCGAACAAUACUUUAAAGGCAAUCGUUAAAAUUAAGGGGAAACGAAGUAAGUCGUUGCCAGUGACGGGAAACAUAAAAACGAGUUCUUCCACGGGUCGACGCGGACAACACGCCGAAGCAAACCCCUUGAGGUACUUUGCAUAUCUUAAUAAACGAUUCCAAUUCCGUGAACGUCUUCACUCGGCUCACAACAUUCUAUCUGCUCGCCCUGUUAUCCUGACAAGCACGACUGUCGUCUCUCCGGAAGUCACGACUAAUUUCUGCCAACAGCUCGAGUACCAGGACGYGGAUCCUUGCGAUGACUCGUUCAAACACCAGGGCGCAUGUCAGGAUUUGAUCGACUGCUGUACAUGCAUGUGUUGCGUGAAGGCCUUGUUUUAUCACUGUACGAAGGAUGACGAGAGCGAAGGRCAUUGUGCUGAGCACCCCUGCUCUUGUACUGGUCCAGAUGGCGGUUGUCUUUGCCGCUGGAGUGUUCUUGGGAUGCUAUCGCUCGUUAUGCCUUGUAUGCUAUGUUAUUUACCCGUACAGGGGUGCACGUUGGCCGUGGAGUACUGUAGGAGAAGCACCCCUGACUCUAGUGAACAAUAAAAAAACUAUUGAAAUAAUAAUAAUUAACAAACACACUACUUAUAACCCGUGCAUUGAUUUCCUAGAGGAGUUGUUCCGGAGAACAAAAACAAUAGCCCAUUUUUUCUUAUGGAAAAAAAUCCAUUGUUUCUUGUGCCCCAGAACAAUUCCUCUCGGGAGUCAGUGCUAGGGGUCUAUGCAUACAAGCUUCGAURGACUUUUUUUCCUGGGGGGCAAUGUUUUCCCAUUUCAGACGAYGUGCAUGUMAUUCUCGAGAAUAAAUUAUUUUGUGUUUGAGUUGUAUCCAUAUUCAUGUGUCUUCCGAUGUGCAACCGUUAAACAAAGAAACGAUACUCUAGCGAAUGACACGUGGUCUGAAAUGGAAAAAAAUUACGCCUAAAGUUAAGAGGUCUAUUUAUUAAACCCUGAAACAGCCACGGGGCUGAUCUAAGUCAGAGCAGUGAAGAACCAGGAAAAAAUCCUUGAAACAAGGGAGAAACCUAGAAAAAUCUACUCACAUGUGUACCGUGUCCAGAAGUUUGGUUUAUGAGGGCUAAAAAAUGUUAUUGCGCAUGUUACAAACCGCUACGAUCCAAUAAACUGUGGGCUCGUCAUAAUAAUCUUCUUCAGAAAUACAGCAACUUCUCGGUAGCGGACUCUUUUUUUUACAAAUCUUUGAAAAUAUUUCAAAACUCGUUAAUCUUUUAAAACUAUCGUCUUAUAAUUCAUUAGCAUUCAGCUCUGAUAACAAGCAAAACUUAACAAAGCCUUUUUUCACGAUUAUAAGCUCCGCGGUAAAGCUAUGAGAUAUGUUAUGUAGGAUAAUCUAACUGCAUUUUGAGCAGCGGGGUAGGGUAAGGGAUGGGAAACAGGAGCAGGKGAGGGGAUGGUGCUACAUCGAUUURRAGCUGUAUUGAACGAGUUACUAUCGAUUUCCGUUUAACAGGGAAUAAAAACAAAUUCUGAAGUA